AGGCGCAGAAGAUUUAAGAUCCUCAGCGGAACUACUUUGUUAGAGCUGUCGGCUGUGAGGUAAAUCCGCCAAAUUGAAAUAAAUAUAACAGAAAAGGACACCCUUCGUUGUCUAAACUGGAUUUAACAGAGCCAGGCACGCUAAGCAGCUACUGGACAUUUGUUUUCGGGCCAGCCAUGCCUUUCACAAGAGCGAAGAAAUUUGCAGCGGCCGCAGGCAGCAAAACAUCCAAGCUGAAUGCAGCAGCCACAGAGAACCAGGAAGAGGCCAAUCAGACGAAGAGGUCCUCCUCCCCCCCUAAUGGAGCUCCCAAGAAGAGAACCGCCUUUAUAGACCUCACCAAUGCUCAUAAGGUGCAGAUCAGCCUUCCAAGGCGGAAGAAGGAGCCGACAAAGAAAGCUGUGAAGACCAGCUCCACCUCGGUGCAAACAAAGAACCAAGCAAUCCUUCAAAAGUCGUCAUCUGUGAGCUCAGAGGGGCCUGAGCCUGAGCCCGAGCUGACCAACGUACAGGAGGCGGAUGAGAAGAAAGAGGAGCUGCAGAGGGACGACCCCGUUCCAGCCGAGGAGCCGGUAGAUACUUCUCCCCCAGUGGUUCUGGAAGUGCCAGCAAACGUUCAGAGGCCGUCUAUCCCAGAAGAGUUUGACAUCGAUUCCGAGAACUCCGAGGACUGCUGCAUGUGUCCGGAGUACGCAAAGGAUAUCUUCGACUACUUAAAACAGAGAGAGGAAAAAUUCGUCCUUUCCAACUACAUGCACAAUCAGCCGAGCCUCAACGCGGAGAUGAGAGCCAUCCUAGUCGAUUGGCUGGUUGAAGUACAGGAGAACUUUGAGCUCUUCCAUGAGACCCUCUACUUGGCCGUUAAGAUGACAGACCACUAUCUGUCCAAAGCAAAGAUCCACAAGCAGAUGCUGCAGCUUGUGGGCUCCACCGCCUUGCUGAUCGCUUCCAAGUUUGAGGAGCUGUGCCCGCCCGCCGCCGAAGAUUUCCUUUAUAUCUGUGACGAUGCGUACCAACGGGAUGAGCUCAUCAGCAUGGAGGCCAGCAUUCUGCAGACGCUGUCGUUCGACAUCAACAUCCCCGUCCCCUAUCGGUUCCUCAGACGCUACGCCAGGUGUGUGAGAGCCAACAUGGACACGCUGACUCUGGCUCGUUUCUACUGCGAGAUGAGUCUCAUGGAGAUGGACCUUGUGACGGAGCGGGACUCUCAGCUGGCAUCAGCCUGCCUACUGAUGGCGCUGGUCACCAAAGGCCUGGGAGGAUGGUCUCCCAUCCUGCAGUUCCACUCCGGCUACCAGGUGUCUGACUUGGCGCCGGUUGUCAGAAAGCUCCACUCCAUGCUUGUGGCGCCACCCGAUGACAGACUGAGAACCAUCAGGAACAAAUAUUCUCAUAAGGUGUUUUUUGAAGUUGCUUCUCUUCCUGUGGUGGACAUUGAAGUUUUGGAGAAAGCUUUGGCCUCUCUUUGAAGAUGGAACAUUUGUCUAAAAGACUUGAGAGGAGUGAAACCUUCCCUGAAGAAAAAAACAUUGUACAUAAUUUGUUAAUAUGUUAAAUAUUUAUAUGGAGUCCAGUUUGUCUUCCAUGUAAAAUUGGAAAUAAAACCAGUUUCUAAGGAGUUUUCUUAAUGCAGGCUUCGUUAUUAAGACUUAUUUUAAGAUUGGAUUUUUUUAAAUGAGUUUUUAUAUGAAGAGAAGUCUUAAUUCAUUAGUAAAGUCUGUAAAGUUAUGUGUGUGUAUACUUACUAUUGAAGUGUGUACUGUCCCACAAGUUUUAUAGGUUUUCAAAUAUUGUUAAAGUUAGCAGCUAUGCAUGCAUAUCCAUUUGUACAGUGUUUAUCAUGCCAGUAUUUUCUAUAAAAACAACCAAAUAAUGCUGUACUUUUUGUUUUUUGUUAUGGCUGUUACGCAUAGUCUUAAAAUAAAGAAGUGUGUUUUACUGUA